GCCAUUUUGCGUUGAAACUCUCACAUGAUGAAUCAUUACUGCAUGCAGGGCCUUAAGAUCCUGAGAUCAUUUUUAUUUCCUUUAUCACUUUAUUUUGUGCAUUUAACUUAACAUGUAGGCGGAAAUACCCUCAGGAUUACAGUAUUUUUUGAUUCAGAAUUUAAUCUUUUUUGACAGCUUAUAGGCCAACAAUAAGUAAAUAAUUAAUAAAUAAAAGACUCAGUAGGUUUAUUCCCCUACCAGAAUUAGAAGUCUGUGAGACAAUAUUAUAUAUUCGUGCUGGGUAAUAUAAUUACAAAAUAAAAUAUUGUUAAAAUCUGAUGCGCCUUAUCGGCUCUUAAAUUGUCAAUAGUUCACCUUAAGCAGAGGGUCCUUUAACUUAAAGCUCCGUGUAUCAUGUCAUUGCACUUUUAUGCUAUUUGUGUGUAGUUCUUAAACUUUAAUGCAUCAAUAUGACCUUACUGUGAGAAAGAAGCAAGUCGUUUUUAAUGAUUUAAAUACUGGAGUGGGUGCUGUUUUUUCAGCUUCCAGUCACAGGUAUCCAAUAUCCUUAAGACUGCUGAAAAGGAGGAAGAGGAUGAUCGCAGCACUGAUAAUUAGUUUGGACAAUCAAAGUGGGGCAUAUAAUUCUUUGUUUAUGGCAAGGUAGCUGCAAGUAUGCAGUACGAGGAGCUGGCAGUAAGAUAGAUACUGAAAAUACAAUUGCCUAAUCUUCUAAUGUACCUCCGCACUUUGAUGCAGUUGAAGGUGUUUGCAGGCGGGACAAGGGUUGGACAUUACCUCACUCUGAACGCUUUCUGGGGGGAGAAACGAGCGAGUAAUUAGCUGAUUAGAGGCCCGUCAGAGCGCCUCAGCUUCCAGCCAAUCCCAGCUCACACCGGCCUGACAGGGGUGGAGAAGGACGGCUGAUGGAGUCAGACACACACCUCUGUUGUUUGUGAAGUUAGUGACGAACGCCGGGGCGGGCGCAGGGUUGCAGAUUGGCAUGAAUGGGUGCAAUUCAAGGAAAUAGAUGGACGGAUGCGUAUGAGAACGUCAGUCAGUAAUUUAGAGUCUUGUCAAAAAGUUUUCUGGGGAUAUCAGUCGUUCAAAGCUGAUAAUGUAUUAAUGUUCGUUUUUGAAUAGCAAAUAAGGUGUGCUGAUUCGUCCAGCCUGAACUUGUGAGAAAAGACAAGGAGAGCGUAUGAGUUUGUGACUCCUCGAGGUUCCGCUGUCUGCGCGCUGGCGCACGGCACAGGUGCGCACCCGCCAACCUGACGUGUUUCUGUUUGCAAGACUCUGCAAAAUCCUCCUGAGGGAAGCCGUCAUGGAGAAAUCGAGAAACUUCAGAAUUGACGCGCUGCUCGCGGAUGAGACCAACCGGGGGAGCCGAGAGCUUUCCCCCGGUCUGAGCAGCGACAGCACCGCCGGCAGCCCGGUGUCCUGCCGCCGUGCGGACACCCCGUCCCCGAGGGCCGCACACCUUCAGACCGGAAUAAUCCCCAAAACGGGUAUCCUAAAUCUGCCGCAUCCAGGACUCGCCUCACUUCCCGGCGUGUAUCCUGCGCCCAUGUACCCACUAUCAGCGCUGGGUGGCCAGCACCCCGCCUUCGCAUACACCGGCUUCACACAACUGCCACAGAACUACCCAGAGCACCUGAAGGCGGCUGCCAUGGCGGGAUCCCUGCCACUGGAACACUGGAUCCGGGCUGGGAUCAUGAUGCCACGACUGCCAGACUACAGCUCUGGCCCUCAGUCUGGUCUGUUGGGAAAGUGUCGGAGGCCCCGCACCGCUUUCACCAGUCAGCAGCUGCUGGAGCUGGAGAACCAGUUUAAACUCAACAAGUACCUGUCCAGACCCAAGCGCUUCGAAGUGGCCACCUCGCUCAUGCUGACUGAAACACAGGUCAAGAUCUGGUUCCAAAAUCGAAGGAUGAAGUGGAAACGCAGCCGGAAGGCGAAGGAGCAGGCCACCUCGGCCUCGGCCCCGUCUGAGGCACAGCGGCUACGCGGCGGAGGGAAAACGGCCACCGACAAAUCCGAUGAGUGCAAACGAGCAGUGAAUCCAGACGACAGGGGGACAGAUCUUGAUUUGGACGAUGGAGAAGAGGAGGAGGAGGAGGAGGAGGAAGAGGAGGAAGGGGAGGAAGCCCAGCAUGGUUUUCCUGUUGGGAUGCCACGCUCCACGGACUACUUGCAGCGUAACACCGAGGUUGACUACAAUCCCCACAGCCCUUUCUCUGAUGACGAGCUGGAGGGGGUGCAAGUGGGAGGAGGUGACAGAAAGAUUGGGGCAGGACUGUGAUAAGACACUCAGAGACAUUACAC